UGUUUUUUACUGCAGCAUAAAACGAGAGAGAGAGAGAGAGAGAGAGAGGGAGGGAGAGAGAGAGAGGGAGAGGGACGCGUUUCUAGUGAUGCUGCAGUGUGUCCUCCCGGUCCUCCCGGUCCUCGUCCCCGGGACCGCGUGGAUCGCGCCUGGAUUCCCUCGCGGUCUCCAAUAUGGUUCCGAUAGAAGCUCAUUCAGGAUUACUGCUGCCCAGCCGCGGGUCGGAACCGCCUGAAGCCUCCAGGUGCUCCUCCUGCUCCAGCAGCAGGCUGAUACCUCCACCCACCGGAGACGGAUGCUGACCAAGACAACAUAGUCCAUGAAUAUUUCAGAGACGCUGUAAAGCGAUAUCACUAUUAAAGCCACGUUAAGAAGGAAGGUGUGUUUGGGGUGGGGAGGGGGGAGAGGGGGGACGUUCCUCUCCAUCUGCUGCUCUCCAACUUCACCUCAGGUGACGGAGCGUUCGAUGAGGGCUGAGAAGAAGAAGGCGACGGCAGAGGCGAUGACGAAGGAGACGAAGGAGAAGGAGGAGAGGGAGGACCUGCCCAGCUCGCGGCCUCAGUAGAGGCUUCUCCUCCUUCGACCUGCUGUCCUUCACUUUCACUCCGCUUCCUCUUCCCGCCCACCACCGCCGCCCCCACCCGCCAGGAAGGAUGACCGUGGUGUCCACGGAGAACUUGGACGAGACCUCCACCCUGCCGGGGCACCCGCAGGACCCCUACCCCCCCGACGACGACCACGACGACCACGACUGCUGCGAGCGAGUGGUCAUCAACAUCUCGGGGCUGCGCUUCGAGACGCAGCUGAAGACGCUGGCCCAGUUCCCCGAGACGCUGCUGGGGAACCCCAAGAAGAGGAUGCGCUACUUCGACCCGCUAAGGAACGAGUACUUCUUCGACCGGAACCGGCCCAGCUUUGACGCCAUCCUGUACUACUACCAGUCUGGGGGCCGCCUCCGGAGACCCGUCAACGUGCCGCUGGACAUGUUCUCAGAGGAGAUUAAAUUCUACGAGCUCGGUGCCGAGGCCAUGGAGAAGUUCCGCGAGGACGAGGGCUUCAUCCGGGAGGAGGAGCGGCCCCUGCCGGAGAAGGAGUUCCAGCGGCAGGUCUGGCUCCUCUUCGAGCACCCGGAGAGCUCAGGACCGGCCCGGGGGAUCGCCAUCGUCUCUGUGAUGGUGAUCCUCAUCUCCAUCGUCAUCUUCUGUUUGGAGACCUUGCCGGAGCUGAAGGAGGACCCCAACCAGCGGAUGCGUGUUGUUGGCAACGUGACAAUUUACUACAAACCCAACGUGCUCACGGACCCCUUCUUCCUGGUGGAGACGCUCUGCAUCAUCUGGUUCUCCUUCGAGCUGAUAGUCCGCUUCUUCGCCUGCCCCAGCAAGGCGGCCUUCUUCAAGAACAUGAUGAACUCCAUCGACAUCGUGGCCAUCAUCCCCUACUUCAUCACACUGGGGACGGAGCUGGCCGAGGACCAAGACAGCAAGGAGAGCAAGAUGGGGGGGGAGCAGGCCACCUCCCUGGCCAUCCUGAGGGUCAUCCGCCUGGUGAGGGUCUUCCGCAUCUUCAAGCUGUCCCGCCACUCCAAGGGGCUCCAGAUCCUCGGUCAGACCCUGAAGGCCAGCAUGCGGGAGCUGGGUCUGCUCAUCUUCUUCCUCUUCAUCGGCGUCAUCCUCUUCUCCAGCGCCGUCUACUUCGCCGAGGCCGAGGAGAAGGAGUCCUUCUUUACCAGCAUCCCCGACGCCUUCUGGUGGGCCGUGGUCUCCAUGACGACGGUGGGCUACGGGGACAUGUACCCGGUGACCAUCGGGGGGAAGAUCGUGGGCUCGCUGUGCGCCAUCGCCGGCGUGCUGACCAUCGCGCUGCCGGUGCCGGUCAUCGUGUCCAACUUCAACUACUUCUACCACCGCGAGACGGAGGGCGAGGAGCAGGCCCAGCUGCUCAACGUCAGCAACCAGAACCUGGCGUCGGACUCCAACUCGAGCCGCCGCAGCUCCUCGGCCGUCAGCAAGUCGGAGUACAUGGAGAUCGACGAGGACAUGAACAACAGCAUCGACAACUUCAGGGAGGCCAACCUCAGGACUGCCAACUGCACGGGGGCCGGCCAGAACUGUGUGAACAAAGGCAAGCUGCUCACCGACGUGUGAGCGGGAGGGGGGGGGGGGGUGUACAUAGUGUACAGACGUCCAUCUCCACCACUCAUCUCACUUGGUGCAUUUGGGUUCUUCUUCUUUUUGCAUUUUCAUUCAUUCUCGAGUGAAGACUUGAAGAGCACACAUAGAUUUAUAAAAAAAAAACUGAAAAAAAUGGCGAAAAAGCUCAGUCAUUUCACGAGGAACGCGACGGAUCAGCAGGUGUCGGGGGGGUACGUCUCGACCUAUGCUGCAUUUUCAUUCCAAACCUUUACCAGCUUUUACCCGACAGGACGAGACGUGGAGGAAGUGGUUAUCAAGUUGCAUUAUGGGAAAUGUAGGAACUAGUGUUUCUGCUUGAGAUCAUUUUUACUUUCUUUUUAAAAGAUUUACAGAAUCCAAAUAGCAUACGGAAAGAUCUUGAGGAUUCAUCAGCUUUCGGCUCUUCAAGCUGAACUCUGAGUCUCUCUGUUGCAUUUUUUCAUGGAGAAAAGACACAUUUCUUUGUGUAGAACCUUUCAAUCAGCAGCAUAUAAAACAUUUCAAUGAGUUGAAAAAUAGAUUAAACAAGAGAAUAAAUAAAGAUGUACUUACAAAGUGCAACAUUGAGUUUAAUAAAAGGCCAUUGAAUGUAUACAUUCAUAUAUAUAUAUAUAAAUAUAAAUAUAUAUAUAUAUUUGUGUAUAGAGGGAACAAUGAACUAAUCUGACUCCAGAAUGAUUCCCCCCCCCCC